AUGGCAUCGAGCUCACACAUCAAGGAAUUUCCGCGUGAAACUGACCCGGAGCUUUUGGCUGCUUUAGCAAAGCUCGCUGAUGGCUGCGAUGAGCUUAGGCGAUGGAUCAAGGGUUCGUCAGCCAGAGCGAUUGCAGAUGCCAACAGACAUGGUCAAACCAAUAUUAUAAAACGCGUCAACACGUUUUCCGAUGAUGAAUAUCAGCAAGUCCUUGGCCUUACUGGUAGCCCCGAUCAUCUCGAGCCAAACGAUAGCGAUGUUGCAGAUGCCGCGGAUCGAAUUAGCUCAAAGACUCGAUCUUUGACUGGGCCUGCUCCUGUAAUGCCGCCGCCUACACUCAAGCCUGAAACGCAUUCGGUUCACCGCUCAGACUUCGACAUACAAAGAAGCCAAGCAUCACCUUAUUCUGGAUCCAUAAAUGUCAGAACUAGGGACCCCAACGAUAUCUUGGUGGAAUAUCCGCUUACCGAAGAGGAGAUUCGGAAGUCAAAAGAAAACCUGCUCAAAAGAUUCGACUCUGAUCUCUUUGUAAUAACUUUGAUGGAACUCCUUGAUCCUGAUCUCGAUGCAUUAUCGCAAGACUAUUUUGUCGAACGUCAUGGUCAGGAAAUUGAGCACAUAAAGAAGGAUAUCGAAAUGUCUUGGCCUGAAGAGUUUCCAGCUCGUGACGAGUCGUUACAUUACAUUUACGACAGCACACGAAGAUUCAACACAAUUCGAGUGUGGUACUUUGGAGGGACAAAGGAAAGCUUUCUUCAUCCACAUGAUAUGACAUACUUGUUCCAAGCUUUUUCAUCCUCUCCCGCUUAUUCUACCGACGUCGACGUCGACAACGCAAUGCUCUUCAUGAAGGAUUUGUCGCGGUUCUGUCCAGCUUUCCGGAUGAUCUCCGGCUCUUCAAGCCCUCUGCGCCUUUCGGUGCGUGCUUGCGAGUGCUUUGCUCUCGGGCAGUGGGAUUCUCCAUUUUCAAGUUCUCUCCCGGCGAUCUCACCACUCUGUGCCAUCAAGUUUGAGCGCCAAAAAGGCCGCAUCUUAAACAAAAACACAGGAAAUGGCAUCGAUCUUAGGGAAUGGUGCUCGGUGACAUACUUUGAUACUCGCGGAACUGUCAUUCUCUGGUCGGAUGAUUUCAUGCCUUUGAUCGCCAAUGACCAAGAGAUCAAGCCCUGUGGCUGGCACGGCGAGGGAUUUACUGUCCUCCUGAGAAUAGUUGUUGAAGUUUACAAGGAAUGGAAUUCGAUAUGGGGGAAGACACUCGAGAAAAUUGAUGGUCUUGUGAGCGUCAAGCCAGCCGACACGCUAGACAGAAAGUAUUGGCAGACGCUCAUGUUUGACAGUGGUUUCGAGAUCUCAGAGACUUAUUUCACCAUUCUACAGAUGCUGCGAAUAUUUGACGACUGGAUUGAGGAGACAGAGUCAGACUUUACAAAAUUGAAUGACAAUAUUGUCAGCCGUGCCCAAUCGAUGGUAAUAUACGAAGACGCCGAUGUUGAUUUGACCAUUCUAACUACAAAUCUGAAUGUUGUGAUGGGGCGUUUGCAAUCAUCCGCUAAAAGUCUAAGAGACCGUAUCAAGAGGAAGAAGGAAGAAGUCCAGAGUCUACGUGAUGGUGUCAGUCUUUAA